UGACGUAUAUCCGGUUAAUCCAGGAAGUGUACCUUUUUGUUGUUUUUCUUGGUUGACAGAAACACUUCGACGUUCCCCGUCAGACUUCUCCACUCUCCUUCCAAAAUGGGAUGUGAUGGUGGUACUAUUCCCAAAAGACACGAGUUGGUGAAAGGUCCCAAGAAAGUCGAGAAGGUUGACAAAAAUGCAGAAUUGGCCGCCAAAUGGAAGUACUGUGCCCUAAGUCAGGAGAAACUCCGACGUCCAAUCGUUGCCUGCGAACUGGGAAGACUUUAUAACAAAGAUGCUGUCAUCGAGUAUCUUCUGGAUAAAUCCGCUGAGAGACCCAACACCGAUGCUGUAACGCACAUCCGCGGUACCAAGGACAUAAAAGAGCUCAACUUGACCGAUAAUCCCGAGUGGGGAGGUGAGAGAAGGAACACCAAAGGAGACGUGUACGAGGUCCUCCAUUGUGGAAUGUUUAUUUGCCCCGUUGUUGGGCUAGAGAUGAACGGCAAACACAGGUUCUAUUACCUGCAAACGUGCGGUUGCGUCUUCUCUGACCGCGCCCUCAAGGAAGUCAAGACGGAAAUCUGCCACAAGUGUGGAGACCCCUUCCAGAAGACGGACCUCGUCGUGCUCAACGGAACAAAGGAGGAGGUGGAAAAACUGAGGGAGAAUAUGGAGGCCAGGCGAGCCGUGGCCAAAGCUAAGAAAUCAAAGAAGAGCAAAGCCGCUGCAAGUGCGUCCACCACAUCACAAGCAAAAGAUGACGGAAAAGCGGAGGAAGCGCCAAAGUGCUCACUGGAAAAUGGAGGCACAAGCAGCCAAUCAGUGAAGGCAGGAAGCUCGGGAGCCUCGCACCCGUCCUGCGCCCUCAACGGCGACGGGCCUUUGGCAACCGCCUCCAAGCGAUCCAUCCAAGAGAUGGAGGAGAAGUCGGAGACUUUCAAGUCCAUCUUCACCACCCACAGCUCUGCCAAGCGCACCAAAGAUCAAACCUCCAACUGGGUCACCCACACUCCGUACCACUUUUAGCUCUUGCACGGGCGUCCGGCCGGACGCGUGUCUACUCAUUCCCGGCGCCUACACCUUUUCUUGAUCCGGACAGUUUUUUUAAUGGCUUCCCAGGCUGCUCACACACUCUUGUUUAAUUUGCGUCAUCCCCCACGCAUCCCCUCCUCCCUCUCUCACCCAGGUGCGUUAAGAAUUAGUGGGGAAUUAUUUUUCCUUCUUGGCGUUACCCUUUUUCUGCCCAAGGUUUAGUCUUGUGAACACAUACACGAUAUAAUACUUUCAGCUUAUCUUUUCCUUCUAAACUGUUUUUAUCCCCAAUCAUAAAAAGCUUUUUUAAAUCACAUCAUAUACAGCAGGGGUGUCAAACUCGUUUUUUUUCGCGGGCCGCAUUGUAGUCUUAGCUUCUUUCGGAGGGCCAUUAUGAAAUCAUUGUAUGAGCACCUCAUAUUAUAUAAAGUAAAAGUUACAAAACAAACUGACAAAUAACUCGUUUUCAAAUCAGCCGAGUAAAAACUGAUUGGACUGAACAAGAUCAUUGCUCAGGUUAGCAUGCGUAACUUGCUUUAAGUCAUUAUGUGAUAUCUAUCCAUCCAAUUGAACCCGUAACUUCUGAAAUUUGAGGCGGAUAUGCUAAUCAGUGCCCUAUUGUGCCGCUAUUAUGUUAUGUCCCUUUGUGUUAGUGCAUCAUUUCUAGCAUUAGAAAAUAGUCAAAUUAAAGUCAGUGUGUGUGUGUCAGAAAA